ACCGAAAGUAGGAUUGAGUGGAAACCAUCUCGUUGCGUUGGGUCAUUGUCGACGUGAUUUGCGACUGGACCGACCUGUUGGUGCCGGAUCCACUCAAAUAUGCCGGGCUACUUUGCGUCUUCUACAUUCCAGAACAGCAAGCUGUAUCAACGGAUGACUACCCUAGGGUACCUAUAUAGGAAGUGAGCGAUAUUUUCUCGAGGAUGCGGCAAACGUGGGGUUGAUACCGGAGGCUUGGCGGUGAGAAAAGGUAUCCAGGCAGGCAAAAGUGGUGUGUUAUAUAUUGGGAACACCUUCCGCUGUGAGAGGAUGGUACAACCCAACCCCCGUGAACCCAUCAGAGAGAUCCCCCCCUGCAGUACGCCAAGAAAAUGUCUACAACUACGACCGAGGAGCUCCCCAUCGUGCCCGAGGGCGUCACUCCCGAGUGGCUGGGAGCCAAGCUUGGACACAAGAUCAAGUCGCUCGAAAACACACGCAACAUCUUCGGCACGGCCAGCAAGCUCUUCUACACCAUUACGUACGAGGACGGAAACGAUGCGGACGAGUCUAGGCCCAAGCAUGUCUGCAUCAAAGGCGUUUUCAGCCCAGAGAUGGUGGAACAGCAGCCCUGGACGCUCAGUCUGGCGCAGCGCGAGGCCGAUUUCUUCUCCGAGAUCGCGCCCAGCAUUGAAGGACAGAUGAUCUUUCCAACGAGCUUGUGGGGCGGCAAGAGCGAGAAGCAGGGUAUCGCCAUCAUGAGCGACCUCGUCCACGAGGGGUGCACCUUUGCCCCAGAGGUCGCCAAUUACUCGGUCGAAAAAGUCAAGAAUGGCGUGGAACAGCUGGCGGGUCUGCAUGCGCGUUACUGGGGCCAGAGUCAGGAAGAUCAUCCCUGGAUCUGGAAUAACUACGACCCAGCAAUGAAGUUCAUGUGCACGCCAUGGCACGACAUCGUUCGCGAGCCCGGCCGGCCCAAGCUGCCAGAGUACCUGAUGGACGGUGCACGAUGCAACGAGGCACUUGACCGGUACUACGCCGAGCGCAACCCCCGGUUCCGCACACUCCUUCACGGCGACACGCAUCUCGGGAACGUCUACUUUACCGACGACGGGCGCAUCGGCUUUCUCGACUGGUCGGCGUUCCACUUUGGCUCGUGCUUCCACGACAUCUCAUACCACCUGACAACCAUGCUCAGCGUCGAGGACCGCCGGGCCCACGAGAUGGAGAUCCUCGACCACUACCUCGAGAGCCUGCACCGCAAGGGUGGUCCCAAGUUUGACCGCAACGACCCUGAGCUGAUGAUCGAAUACCGCCGCUCCUUCAUGACCAACGUCGUCUGGAUUGUUUGCCCUGCUGCUUUGCAGUCCAAGGAGCGCAUAGAGUCCUUCUGCGAGCGCACUGUUGCCGCGUACAACGACCACAAGGUCAUCGACGUGAUCCUCAACCAGCCCAAGCCAUCGGCCGCGGCAUGAAGCAGACGAAGCCGAAAAUGGGUCGCGCGGGGUUUCCGGGGGCAGCUGGUUGGACCUGUUGGUCCAGUGUUGGUCCAGGGGCUAAACCUUAGAAUCCACAUGUGAGGUUGAACGCACGAUGGUGGGGAGAUGUCAUGUAGACGACUCCAGUCUGCCACCAAUACGGAGUUCAGCAGGCCAGAUACCAGCAGGGGUUGGCAAGCUGCCUUCACUGCAUGGGUAGACGGAUCAUCGCAGGUGAUAUCGGGCCCACAUGAGCAGUCGAGCUAGUGAAGACUAGAUCACCUGUCAAAAAAGAUUCAACCGAGUUUCAGGCCGAACUUCAACGCUCCUUUCGUGAGAAACAUUACCAAGUGUGGACAGGCGUUGAGUUGACAGGUGAUUUUGCCAGGAUCUUUCCCUGUGGGGGCCCGUACGGGUUGAUGAAAGGAACCCAACAGGAUGGCCCCGCUCGCCUAGCUUCCGGUUGUUCGGGUUUGGCUUGCGCCACGAUAAGAGAGGUUGGUCUAAAAGAUCCCUGUCUGUGAUCCAGUAGGCCCGAGUCAUGAGCGAGUCCAAGGCUGGCAUUCCGGAAACGUGAGGUGACCGAGGAUCGCACGACAGCGACGGACGCAACCGCUGAAGAUAGUCCAACCAGGCAGCCAGGCCAGGUAGACCAAGAGCUCACAAUGCUGCACAAGAGUGUUUUUUUUCUGCCAGGUUCGAAGCAGUCGCGACGAGGUUGCUUGAUCGGCUCGCGAAGAACAGGUCACCCAAGACCACGGGAGUGAUGGAAUGCUUUGGUGUUCGUCUUAUUCUAUUCAACACACUCGGUGUCUGCCAAGUCGAUCAUUGACAGCAGGGAACACAGGGACAGAGAUUGGAAUCUACGCCCCACGUUCAAAUUGUUGAUCAGUAAUAUUUUGGUUUGCGUUGGUUAAGGAUUUUGACCAACAGCCAGCAAGUGGACCAAUAAGCAAGUGACCGACCCAAUCGAACUGUGGGCUACGAUGUGCCCAUGUGCAUCAGGCUCGUCCGCGGAACGUGAGCUGUCUCCUCUAGGUCUAAACGGGGCGUAGCAACCUGCCUGCCCUGUCACGGGAGGAACAUAAGAGAGGUGAAGCUCUCCAGUCUUUGUCGAAAUCUUACCUAGCCAUUCAAAUAAUACAUAUC